GGCGCCACCAAAUUAAAAGUAAAACGAUUUUUCUAGCACGGACUUGUGUCUCAUUCUUGGUAACUGAAGCACGUAGAGACGUGAAAUGUUGGCUAAACAUCUUCAAAAUAUCAUAUUUUUAUGAAUAUCGAUCCCUUUUUACGCAAACUUUUUAGAAUAUUCAGAAAAAACUACUUAUGCAUAUAUUCUAAUUUCACUUUACUUUCCAUUUUCCGUGAGCCGAUUGCUAAAACACUAUAAUAAACCGAGAGCUGUAUACACUUGGCUUUGACAGUUGUCUGUUUUGAUUCCACCUUCAACUCCACUUCCAAUCGUAUACGAAGCUGGCGCGGAUUCAUAUCGGUGAAAAUCGAAACGGUUUUACUGCGUUAAAACGCAGUUUAUUCACGUUAUACGUUUAUUUAUACUAGUUGCUGCAACAUUAAAAUGGAAAAGAGGUGCCCUUUUGCUCAGAUAAAUAGCAACACCAAGCAAUCAACGAAAAAACGUACACCUUCCGGACGACGACAAGGAAAAGAAAACCGGGCAUGUUCCGAGGAUGCCGGAUCCAACGCACGUAAAUCAUCGCGAUCCAAAUCCUCGAAAAAAGCGGAACCCCCUAAAUCCAAGGCUAAAAUCACACCAAAGCAACUCGAAAACAAGUCUGCUGGAGAUGCUAGCAGGAAAAGUUCAUUGAAGAAAGGUCAAUCCACCAAGAAAUCUGAGGCCAAACCACCACAAACUUCACCGGUCCAAAAAAGAUUCCCGGGCAGCUAUCUAGAAGCAACAUCAGAUGACGAUGCAUACUUAGAAGAUUGUGAAGAAUCUGAAAGUGUUCCGGGCAAAACAUCAAACAACGGUACUAUACAAACGCUUCGACAACUUGCAGUUCAAAGGGGAGUUUCGUUAUCGGGAAAUAAAAUACAGUUGCAAAAAAGGUUACAAUGGUACAACAGGUAUAAUUUGAACUCAUCACUUAUUCAGCAUGUCGUACCAGUUCCACCGUUGGAUAAGGCAGGAUUUACCGAAAAUUUAAGAUUUGUGGCUUGCGAUGAAGUCCUACAAAGUUCAUUAAAAUGGCUAAGCGUGGUAGAAGUUUUUUCAUACUUUCAGCAGCGCUCUGCACGACAAGGUUAUCGCAACGGAAAGUUAUUGAAACAAGCGGGUUUUUUGAGGAACAUCAGUUAUGCGAAGGUCGACAACAAAGUUUAUCAAGUAAGGUGUUAUUGUGCUGCAACCAUGCAUAAAAAUCGGAUGUAUCAAUUGAAAUUAGAACAUAACGGGUCUAGCAUCACGAAGGCUAAUUGCGAGUGCCCUGCUGGAAGUGGUAACUCCGCAGCUUGCAAGCACGUUGGAGCUCUUCUGUCCGCAUUGGAAGAUUUUGCCAGAACUGGUAUAAUCCAACAGAACACAACUUGUACAGAUGUUUUACAAAAAUGGCACCGUCCCCCAAAGAAUGCUGAUAAAUCAUCUUCAUAUAAGCCAAUCAAAGAGCUGUUUCCGGAACCUGAGACUAGCGAGAACUGUAAAAUUAACGAAAUACCCCGAAAGGAAUUUUCCGACUAUUUUCUAAAAACUACACUGAAUGCUGGACUCCAUAUGGCAAUUCACCGCAGUAGGACCGUGAAAGAUAUGGAUAACUAUUAUGAGGAGCAUUCGUACGCUAAACCAUGCCCGGAACCAUUGAAAAAAAAAACCAGAGUUGCGAAAAGGGCCAAGUCACGUAAGCCGCGCGUUCCAUGAAAUGGGCAUAAAAGAACGUAUUUUGAAUUGUUUUAUUUUUAAACAAAGCGAAAAAAACAAUUUGUUAUCUUUAUAAAAAUUGUUGUCGUUAUAUAAAUUACAUAAAAGCAGAUUUCAUGGUUAAAUAAUAUUAAACAUAAAAUAGGAUAGUAGAUGAUAAAAGAAUACAGAAAUAUAAACUUUAUUUUGAUAACCUU